CGCGCGCCCCUCGCGAUCGCGGAAAGUGCGGAAUUCGCCUAAAGAACCUCGUUUGGCGUUCCUUGUAACGUGACUCACUAUUCCCCUGAGGGAAAAACAGUGAGAUUUCGUUUUGCGCACUCAAUCUUCGGCUCGAAAUUCGCCUGUCCACCGCGUUUUUCGAGCCGAAGAUUGAGUGCGAGGUCACAUUCCGCGCGCGCGAGCUGGGAGGGCGCAUGCUAGUGCCCGCGGCUUCGGUUUAAAAGCUGCAAACACCUUUCGUGGCUAAUCGACAUCGUCUCUAUAAAAAUUUCGGCGUGAAACGCUGAUAUGGAUAGCCAAAGGUUACGGAAACUUUCGCAGAGGAUAGCCAAUCGCACAGCAGUGGAUGAUUCGCAAGCGCCAGCCCCGGAUGCUACACAAUCUGAAGGGGAUGAUGAAGAUGACAAGCGCGUAAAGCUGAGGGAAAAGUACUUGAAAUGCGCGGAAGAGUGUAUGCAGAAAGCUCGAGAGGCUGCGGUGGCAGGUGGGGUCUUUGUGGCGACGAAAUAUGCCCGAGAUGUCCACAAUAUCGAUAUCAGCAACAAUAUCUAUAUCUUCGAAGGUAGAUAGAUACCUUCGUACAACUACGUGUACAACAGUACGGAACUCUUACUUCCGGAACAUUUUAUUGCACCAUAGGGGGAUCGGUGUACUUGGUAGCCUCCCCCCAAAUAUGUCAAAUUUUGAAGGCUAGACGAAUUACGCAGACGACAUGUUCAGGUACAGUUGUGAUGUGUGUGGAGCCUCACUACGCGCAUUCUGAAUUCAACUUGAAGCUCUGCCGGAACGGGGUUAUUCAUGCUAGACAGACUAGUUUUCGCUCAUAGGACGUUACAGACAAAAUGCCCAUAGACUGUACAACCUGAAGCUCUGCCGGAACGGGGGCUAUUAUUUAUUCGACGCAGCUGUCGCCACCUCGCAUCGCACACAGUGGGGGUACAGUGGUGGUGUAGUGGGGUAGCGGGAUAAUGGUAUUGGGCUGGGGGCUACUCCUGCCCCUAGUCUCCUCCUCCUCCUCCUCCUCCUCCUCCUCCUCCUCUAUGUGUAGUUGUGUACUUCCGGAAGUACUGUGUAUGUAGAGCUGUAGACUAUGUGUGUACAAUAGUUACUGAAAAUACUCAUACAAGUUUCAAUGGUC